AUGUCUUCAUCAUCAAGUGAUGAAGCAGAUGAAGUUUUUGAUGAAUUCGUCGAUGAAGUUGUUGAUAAUUUCAUCGACACAGUAAUUGAUGGUCACCCCAACAAGUCCAAAAGACGGGCUUAUAUCGAAAGAGCUCGGGAACAAGGACACAAUCAGCUGGGGAACGAUUAUUUCAAUGAUAAUCCUACAUACCCACCGGAAAUGUUUAGGAGGCGUUUUCGAAUGAACAAAUCAUUGUUCCUUCGCAUUGUGGAACGUAUAAGUAAUGAAGUUCCAUACUUUCAGCAAAGAAGAGAUGCUGCCAGAAGGAACGGGCUAUCUCCACUUCAAAAGUGUACGGCAGCGAUACGUAUGCUCGCAUAUGGUCAGUCAGGAGAUACAUAUGACGAAUAUCUCCGACUUGGUGAUAGUACAACACGUUUAUGUUUGGCAAAUUUCACUGAUGCAAUAAUGCUAUUGUUUGGAGAUGAAUACCUACGAAGCCCUACAGCCGAGGAUCUUCAACGAUUAAUCGAUGUUGGAGAGGUACGGGGGUUUCCGGGAAUGAUAGGCAGCAUCGACUGUAUGCAUUGGGAGUGGAAAAACUGCCCAACGGCUUGGAAAGUUAAGUUCAAGGUCAACAACCACACUUAUCGUAUGGCCUACUAUCUUACUGACGGAAUUGAUCCAAACUGGUCAACAUUUAUCCAAUCCAUCCCACUUUCUCAAGGUCCUAAAGUCGAGAAAUUUGCACAAAAGCAAGAAUCCGCCAGAAAAGAUGUCGAACGGGCUUUUGGAGUAUUACAGUCGAGGUUUGCAAUUGUUAAAAACCCAGCUCUACAAUGGGACAAGGAAAAGAUAGAGAAGUUCGAGAUCAAGAGAAGCAUGCUCGUUUGA